UCUACGGCUUUCAGCCUCAUCGGGGUUUUUUUUUUCUAAAAAGAUUCCUCAAAUCACAUGAAGCUAACUAUGCAGAGAAGAAAAAAAGAAAUAGAGGCGUAUCAACAAUUGGCAGAAACUACUGAGACGUGAGAUAACUCUGGCAGGUGGAGACAUGCACAGACAUGGUGAAGUCUAAGCAUGCAGAUAAGUUGUGUUAUGCCCACGCCCAGCUCAGACACAAUACAGCUUCGGAGAGUUACAGAAGCACUGGAUCCCUGGGAAGCUCCCUUCAAAAAAUCUUCGCUAUGUUCCUUGCUAAAGCUUUGCUGAGCGGAGGAAGUGGUAGUGGUCGUGGAGGGACCCUUGCACGUGGCCUUGGAGGUCUCCUAACAGGAGGUGGACAUGGAGGGAAUCUUGGCGGAAUUGUUGGAGGUCUUGUCAAUCUUAUAAGUGAAGCAGCAGCUCAGUACAAUCCGGAGCCACCUCCACCUCCUCACAAUCAUUUUAUGAAUGUGGAAGCUUAUGAGAGUGAGGAGAUCAGACAGUUUCGUCGCCUUUUUGUCCAGCUGGCUGGAGAUGAUAUGGAAGUGUGUGCCACAGAGCUAAGGGACAUCCUGAACAAAGUUGUUUCCAGACAUCAAGACUUGAAGACAGAUGGCUUCAGCUUAGACACAUGCCGUAGCAUGGUAGCUGUCAUGGACAGUGAUACAAAUGGCAAACUGGGCUUUGAAGAGUUUAAGUAUCUGUGGAACAACAUCAAGAAAUGGCAAUGUGUAUACAAGCAGUAUGAUACUGAUCAGUCAGGCACUGUUGGGAGAGCUCAGCUGCCCAACGCCUUGAAGGCUGCAGGGUUCCACCUGAAUGAAGAACUCUGCCAGGUAAUCGUGCGCAGGUAUGCCGAUGAGGACGGUACCAUGGAUUUCAACAACUUCAUUAGCUGCUUGGUACGACUGGACAGCAUGUUCCGGGCCUUCAAGUCCCUGGACCAAGAUGGAGAUGGACAGAUCAAAGUGAACAUUGAAGACUGGCUGCAGCUGACCAUGUAUUCAUGAAGGCAUAGAGAAGAAUAAGCUUUGUCUGGGAGAUAUACAUGGAAGACUACAAUCCUGGAGAACUGUAGUCUUUUCCUUGUUCUAAGGCAGAUGUAGCUAACAGUAGAUAGCUCAGCUUAAAGUGUUGUGAUUCCUCUUGUGCAUGCAUUAGUCUGCUUUUCUGAACGGUUUGUGUAAGUUGUCAGUUGGAUAGCUGCGUAAGUCUGUCUCGGAAAACCAUCUCUAGACUCUGAAGAGAGAGAAUAUGUUGAAGGAUCAAAGCAUAGUUAUUUCUUCACGUACCGUGGCUUGUAUAUAACUAUUAUAUAAAAAGCUCGUACAUUUGGUGUUGAUGUUACUGUUCCGAUUUGUCAGCAUUUGCUAAGCUGGAAUAAAGCUCUGUUUGCCUGAAGGCAAUCACUAGUAAUAGAGUUGUGCAGUUAUUUCUAACAAGGGGAAAAACAUGAGAGUUGCAAUAAAUAUAAUGAUCAAUGAAUUUACAUAAUCAUAUUUAAUUUCCUUCCUACUUCCGUUUUUCCAUGCUUAUCUGCUGAAGCAAAACCUGAAUGGUAUUGUCAGUUCUACCUGCUGAC